AUGUACAAUCGCAUCUACACCCUUCGCAACGUGAGCACUACUCCUGCGACCAAUGCGGACGUCAAUUUUCGCGAAAUGAUGUCCUACUCCGGCAUCUUCGGACUGCCCACCAAGCAACCAUAUCCCGAAAGAGAUGAGGAACAUAUGGAGAGUGGGGUUCCUGAGGGCAAGGUUGAGUCGCCAGCUCCCACGUCGACGUUCCCAGAGCAGCACCAGCCAUCCCAGACCGGCUCUUUUCACAGCCCGCAGAACUAUCAGAAUGAAGCAGAGGCCCAUCUCGGAAUCGCUAAUGGCGCCCCUGGUCUGAUGCCUAAUGUAGCUCAGAGACCAGGCAGUGAUCGGAAUUUCAAUGGUAGCCCGCCUUUCUUCCAGCCAACUUCCGAACCCAAUUCGAUAGAAAUGAUCUCCCCAGAUCUCGUUGCUUUCCCAACUACCAGCCCGAAUGGCGGCGCUGAGUUCAAUCAUUCCAUGAUGGGAUUCGAGGGAUAUCUGCCUGGUGAUUUCAAUUUUAUGCCUUACAACCCAGCCCCAAGGAUUGUUGGCGGAGUGGAUUGGCUCAACCUAGAUCUCGACUCUCCCAACAACGGCAAUUUUCAAGCUCAGUACCAGACUGGGGGUGUUAUGCAAUCAAUGUAUUUUCCGCCCUCAAUUUCAACUGGUCCGGAAGAAGCGCUGCAAAACAGAAACCAUCAGACCAUAUCUGCACAAUUAAUGCCACUGCGAAACCAAGAGUCCAAAGGGAUAUCGGCCAAGUCGCCCGAAUCGCGAGGCGCUGCUCACCAAUGGCCUUUUGAUCACACGCGGAAUCCCGAAUCUCAGCGAUACAGGCUUCCCCCGUUACGAGACAUUCUGCAAGGCACUGUUGCCUCAAGUGAAUCUAACAACGGAGCCACCAUUAGGAGCCUGAUCCAGCUGCUAUCGUCGCCGUACUUGCCGGAGAAAGACCCCUCUCAGGACGUAAAUAUGAAGUCGGCUAUGGAACUGCUGAAAAACUCUUUGGAGUUGUACUUUGCCGAGUUUCACAACAUUUUGCCGCUCGUACAUAUCCCCACCUUUCAGAUAACCAAGGUUCCUACCGUGACGCUGGCCGCUAUGGCUUGUAUUGGAGCAAUGUACUCGGACGAUCAGCAUGGAACAGAACAGUCGUGGUCCUUGAGUGAGAUGUGUGGUCAGAUGAUUGCAUGGCUGGGUGUGGGAGACAGCACUCGCUUUUACAAUUCACCCUAUCUCAUAGCUUGCUGCCUUCACCAGAUCUAUUCUCUUGGCUCGGGAAAUAUGAGACUUUACGCAAACGCAGACUGUUCAAGGGGCAUAUUGAUGGGUUGUCUCCGUGGGAUGGGUCUGCUCAAGUCCCGUGUCAGCACCGAGGUAGAGUGGGAAGACUUCAAAAAGCCGCUGCCCAACGACAAUGCGUCCACCGAAUGGCUGCGAUGGAAAGAUCAGGAGCAGGAGAAGCGCAUUGCCUGGUCUUCAUUCGAGUAUGACUGCACUUUGUGCACGUUGACCGCGCGCCGAGGUGCUGCUGAUUUGCAGGAGCUUCCAUGCUUUCUACCCUGCGCAGAGCCUCUGUGGGAUGCUAGGUCGCCCCAGGCUUGGGCGGCACUCUACUCUCGACUGACUCCAACCGCCCGGGGCGCAUCGACGGCGAAAGUGCUCCGGAACCUUCUGGCUGGAAAGGGUAUUCCAGAGGAACUGCCAGCAUGGGGCAAGAGGCUCUGCGCCCAAAGCAUUGGCCGACUUCUUUGGGAUAUCAAGCAGCUGGAUAUCAUGGCGACGACCGAGUACCUGAAACUACCUUCUCUAGCUGCGGCCCAGAGACAGACCAAAAGCACUCUACUCCAAGGCCUCAAUGCGCUGUGCGAGUCCAUGUAUGCCCUGUCCUCUACAGCUGAUCUCAUUCACUACAAUCUUACGGCGCUCAUCUGUCAUUAUUCCCACCUGUACAGUGCGGACGAGGCUAUGGACCUCAUUGUCCAUAUUUUCCGCACUUCCGCUUCACAGUCAAAGCAAAUCGACCAGAGCCUUGUGUCGGCUAAGCGACGCCUAUGUUCGAUAUUGGUGAAAAAUCCCACCAAGGCCCGUAAUCUGGCCUGGCAUGCAGCUCAAAUCAUCGCUGUGGCAAAUGAAUACCUGGUCUCUGCACCUUGUGAGAUCAUGCGGACGUUCAUGGGCUAUAUCUUCAUCCUUGCCUUUGCCAAAUUCGGGCCACAACCCUGCUCAGAACCUAGUUACGCCUCGUGUCCGGUCCGACUCGAUCUGCCGAAUCGGAUUGACGGUCAGAGGACGGCCAUCGCAACCUGGAUCGAGAACGGAGGGCCCGCAAGCAUUGGCGCGGUUGAAAACAUCUACAGCAGUGGCAGUCUCGAAGCAAUCAGCCGGGAAGCUCAAACCAUGCUGAGGAAAAUGCGAUUCUGGAAGCUCUCCAACAAAUUCAGCCGGAUACUCGAGAGCUUUGACUUUGAUUCGGAUUAA